CGGCUCAGAGUCCUGCGUCGCACGGAAUUUCGCAAACCAAGACCCGGCGCCUUUGCGGGGAGCGGACUUUCCAGGGGCGCGGGAAGCGCCACCCGGGAAUCUCACCAUCAGUGGGCGUUUAGCGCAGCCAAGCGACAGGCUGGCACCAGGGCUCAGCAACAGGGAGGCGCCGGCUGAGGCGGGGAGAACUUUGCUCUCCGAGCAGAACCACCCUUUGCUGGCCAGUCGCGUCGCUCCGCCGAGGAAGCAGGCGGCGGCGGCGGCGACAGGGCGGAAAGAGGAGCGAAGCAAGGAAGAGAGGAAGUAGCGAGACAGGAAGAAAGAUGAAGCCAGUGCCGGGGGGCCCCGCCAGAGGGUGGCCGACGGUGGAGCAGGGAGGAUUUGGCUUCUUUUUCGCACUCGGGGCGUGAACGCCUUCUCCUGCGCGACCCCAAGGAAAUAAGGGGGUCUCGCCUGGGCAGAAAAGGAAAAGAAAAGAAUCCAAGUGAGCGCGUUGCCCCCCUAGGAACUCCGGCUGCUUCCCAGCCCAGCCUCCCCGCGGGGCCGGACGCAGUGCCCGAGCCGCCCUGCAGAUGGGGCGGGCAGGGAACGGGCGCCCAAGCCGCGGGUGACCGGCUACGGCCCGCCCGCCUGCCGGGCUCCGCGCAGGGACCGGGCGGGCAGAGGAUGCGAGGCGGAGGGACCUGGGCGCACUAGGCUCCAACCUGGAUGGCCCGGAGACCGCUUCGGCUCCUGGGGGCGCUUAGCCGUUCAGAGUGAGCUGCCCGCGGGACCUGGGGGCGGAGACCUUAGGCAGCGGCUGCAAGGGGGGUGAGUCGGCCGCAGGAGGGGGCGCGCUUUCUCCCUGGGGAUCUCAGUAAUGAGGAGACUGAGUUUGUGGUGGCUGCUGAGCAGGGUCUGUCUGCUGCUGCCGCCGCCCUGCGCUCUGGUGCUGGCCGGGGUGCCCGGCUCCUCCUCGCACCCGCAGCCCUGCCAGAUCCUCAAGCGCAUCGGGCACGCGGUGAGGGUGGGCGCGGUGCACUUGCAACCCUGGACCACGGCCCCCCGCGCCCCCAGCCGCGCUCCGGACCGCAGCCGGGCAGGCGCCCAGCGGGAUGAGCCCGAGCCAAGGACUUGGCGACCCCCGGCGCCCUCGCCCGGCGCACGUCGGUUGGGGAGCGCCCUGCAUGGCCGGGGCCCGCCGCGCGCCCGGAAGCCCGGGGAGGGCGCGGGGGCCGAGACCCUGUGGCCUCGGGACGCCCUCCUCUUCGCCGUGGACAACCUGAACCGCGUGGAAGGUCUGCUGCCCUACAACCUAUCUUUGGAAGUAGUAAUGGCCAUCGAGGCGGGCCUGGGCGAUCUGCCGCUCUUGCCCUUCUCCUCCCCAAGCUCGCCGUGGAGCAGUGACCCUUUCUCCUUUCUGCAGAGCGUGUGCCACACCGUGGUGGUGCAAGGGGUGUCGGCGCUGCUCGCCUUCCCCCAGAGCCAGGGCGAGAUGAUGGAGCUCGACUUGGUUAGCUCUGUCCUGCACAUUCCAGUGAUCAGCAUCGUGCGCCACGAGUUUCCGCGGGAGAGUCAGAAUCCCCUUCACCUACAACUGAGUUUAGAAAAUUCAUUAAGUUCUGAUGCUGAUGUCACUGUCUCAAUCCUGACCAUGAACAACUGGUACAAUUUUAGCUUGUUGCUGUGCCAAGAAGACUGGAACAUCACAGACUUCCUCCUCCUUACCCAGAAAAAUUCCAAGUUCCACCUUGGCUCUAUCAUCAACAUCACCACCAACCUCUCCUCCACUGAGGACCUCUUGAGCUUCCUGCAGGUCCAGCUUGAGAGUAUUAGGAACAGUACGCCUGCCAUGGUGAUGUUUGGCUGUGACAUGGAAGGUAUCCGGCAGAUUUUUGAAAUUACCACCCAGUUUGGAGUAACCCCCCCUGAGCUCCGUUGGGUGCUGGGGGAUUCCCAGAACGUCGAGGAACUAAGGACAGAAGGUUUGCCCCUCGGGCUCAUUGCUCAUGGAAAAACAACGCAGUCCGUCUUUGAGUACUAUGUACAAGAUGCCAUGGAACUGGUUGCGAGAGCUGUAGCCACGGCCACCAUGAUCCGGCCAGAACUCGCGCUUAUCCCCAGCACGAUGAACUGCAUGGAAGCAGAAGCCGCAAAUCUCACUUCAGGACAAUAUUUAUCAAGGUUUCUAGCCAACACCACUUUCAGAGGCCUCAGUGGUUCCAUCAAAGUAAAAGGUUCCACUAUCAUCAGCUCAGAGAACAACUUUUUCAUCUGGAAUCUGCAACAUGACCCCAUGGGAAAGCCAAUGUGGACCCGUUUGGGCAGAUGGCAAGGCGGCAAGAUUGUCAUGGACUAUGGAAUAUGGCCAGAGCAGACCCAGAGGCACAAAACCCACUUCCAAUACCCGAGUAAGCUACACUUGAGAGUGGUUACCCUGAUCGAGCAUCCAUUUGUCUUCACACGGGAGGUAGAUGAUGAAGGCUUUUGCCCUGCUGGCCAACUCUGUCUAAACCCCAUGACUAAUGACUCCUCCAUGUUGGACAGCCUUUUUAACAGCCUUCAUAGCAGUAAUGAUACAGUGCCCAUCAAAUUCAAGAAGUGCUGCUAUGGAUAUUGCAUUGAUCUGCUGGAAAAGCUAGCGGAAGACAUGAACUUUGACUUUGACCUCUAUAUUGUUGGGGAUGGCAAGUAUGGAGCCUGGAAAAAUGGGCACUGGACUGGGCUGGUGGGUGAUCUCCUGAGUGGGUCAGCCCACCUGGCAGUCACCUCCUUCAGCAUCAAUACUGCACGAAGCCAGGUGAUAGAUUUCACCAGUCCUUUCUUUUCCACCAGCUUGGGCAUCUUAGUGAGGACCCGAGACACAGCAGCUCCCAUUGGAGCCUUCAUGUGGCCACUCCAUUGGACAAUGUGGCUGGGGAUUUUUGUGGCUCUGCACAUCACUGCCAUCUUCCUCACUCUGUAUGAAUGGAAGAGCCCCUUUGGUAUGACUCCCAAGGGACGGAAUAGAAGUAAAGUCUUCUCCUUUUCUUCAGCCUUGAAUGUAUGUUAUGCCCUCUUGUUUGGUAGAACAGCAGCCAUCAAACCCCCAAAAUGCUGGACUGGCAGGUUUCUAAUGAACCUUUGGGCCAUUUUCUGUAUGUUUUGCCUUUCUACAUACACGGCAAACUUGGCUGCUGUCAUGGUAGGUGAGAAGAUCUAUGAAGAGCUUUCUGGAAUACAUGAUCCUAAGCUACAUCAUCCCUCUCAAGGCUUCCGCUUUGGAACUGUCCGGGAAAGCAGUGCUGAAGAUUAUGUGAGGCAAAGCUUCCCAGAGAUGCAUGAGUAUAUGAGAAGGUACAAUGUACCAGCCACCCCUGAUGGAGUGGAGUAUCUGAAGAAUGAUCCAGAGAAACUAGACGCCUUCAUCAUGGACAAAGCCCUUUUGGAUUAUGAAGUGUCAAUAGAUGCUGACUGCAAACUUCUAACCGUGGGGAAGCCAUUUGCUAUAGAAGGGUAUGGUAUUGGUCUCCCACCCAACUCUCCACUGACCUCCAAUAUAUCCGAGCUCAUCAGUCAGUACAAGUCACAUGGGUUUAUGGAUGUGUUGCAUGACAAGUGGUACAAGGUGGUUCCCUGUGGGAAGAGAAGCUUUGCUGUCACUGAGACUUUGCAAAUGGGCAUCCAACACUUCUCUGGACUCUUUGUGCUGCUGUGCAUCGGCUUUGGUCUGUCCAUCUUGACAGCCGUUGGGGAGCACAUGGUGUACAGGCUGCUGCUGCCGCGGAUCAAGAGCAAAUCGAGGCUGCAGUACUGGCUCCACACCAGCCAGAGAUUACAUAGAGCACUAAACACGUCGUUUGUGGAGGAAAAGCAGCAGCGUUUCAAGACUACACGUGUGGAAAGGAGGGCCAGUGUGGGGCCCCGUCAGCUCACUGUGUGGAAUACUUCCAAUCUGAGUCAGGAUAACCGACGAAAAUACAUCUUUAGUGAUGAGGGAGGACAAAACCAGCUGAGCAUCCGGACCCACCAAGACAUCCCACUCCCUCCAAGGAGAAGAGAGCUCCCUGCCUCGCUGACCACCAACGGGAAGGCAGACUCCCUAAAUGGAGCUCGGAACUCAGUGAUGCAGGAACUCUCAGAGCUCGAGAAGCAGAUUCAGGUGAUCCGUCAGGAGCUGCAGCUGGCUGUGAGCAGGAAAACGGAGCUGGAAGAGUAUCAAAGGACAAACCGGACUUGUGAGUCCUAGAUGACCAUGCUGCUCCCCUUCCCAGUUCCCGAAUUCCUCUGAGCCCUUGAGACACUUUGUAAUGCUCUUUUGUAACUACUGACAAAAAUGUGGGGAAGCGGAGGUCUAGGUCUCUCUUAGAGGUCAAGUCUGCCCAUCCUAGCCUAAAAAUCAGCCACAGCUCUUCCCAAGCUGACUCCCUAGCUCUCCAGGGUAGGGGUCUUUCAGAGCAGUGAUGGUAAAUUAGGAGUAAACUCCGUGGAAAGGAUCUAUGAAUGACCAGGCAACCCCAGCUCCUCAUUGGGUACCAUACUAGUAGUUCUGGGUUUUAGCCCUUUCUCUGCACUCUCACCAACGAGAUAAAAUGUUACUCAUAUGUGGUUUUAAUCUUAGCAUAGAACAGGAUUAUCCAGGGUUGUGGCUUUUGAUACAACUCCCCCAACUAGAUUUGUUCCUGCAUUCUGAACGGGGAGCCAGAUAAGAGCCAGGGGUGUGGGUAUGCAAACAAUUAAGCGAACUCUAGCAUCACAGCAGACCAAGGAUUGACCGGAUCAAGCAGGAGCCCUGUUUUUGAGAGGGUCCCGUGUCUCCAACACCAUCCUGACCAGCAUUAGGAACAGCUUACGUGCCACGAUGAAAGGGGACAGGGAUGUGGUGAGCGGGAAUAAGACAGGCAGAAGAGGCAUUAAAAAUGUACACCAUGUUGAGAACAAAAGCUCUGGGCCAGAAAAACAAUUUGGCUAAGGAAGGAAUACGACAAUACUUCGAAUCUAACUACGCAUCUCCACUACAGAGUGUGCCUUUUAUAAAGGAAAGCAAAGCAAAGCAAGGACAUGGCCUUAGAUGAAACUGGACUACCCCUGCUUAUUGCCCGCACGGGGCAUGCAAGCUGGUUCUGUGGGUUAAGUGAAAAGGCUCAGCAAGCCACACACUAGCCCGUUCUCAAAUCGGCAGUUGCCUCUUAGCUUUAGGCAUUCCUAAAGCGGACCCCCCUGCAAACACCACAAGCUUUAACAUAUGGGACGGUGCCCUGUGCGGUCCAUCUCUGUACAGGUAACUAGCACGCGAGUCUCCCAGCCCCACACCUACUCCUCCCUGAGGGGCUGAGACCAGGUGUGGUCCCUCCCGUUCUCUCCCAGGCCCCCUCUGAUGCCCCCAAGGAACUGAUUAUCAGUAACCUGGCUUCCUGAUCCCAGACAUCCCUGUCCCGGGUGCAGUGGCGUGGACGUGCAUGCAGGAAGGAAAAGUCACGGGGAACUAUGGAACACCAGUUCCCAGUGCUAGUGUAGAUGCGAGGCAUCUAGGAACCCAUUAGAAUGCUGACCGACAGGGCCUUUUUCCCCGGAAGAUAGGGUGAGGUGGGGAGUCUGGCUCAGAAACCUGUUAACCAACUCCCCCAGGUGACUGACACGCGUAUUCCAAAAAGUACUCUUCGAGAAACACUGUUCUAGAAGGAUGGCUGCUCCCGGCCUGGGGAGAAGAGCCUUUUGAGAGGUUUUUACAUUGUAGCACACAGCUGCUGAUUCACCUUCCAAACAGCCGCUCCCACCCCUGGGCACCACUUGGGACGAGACUCGCUCGGUUCUCACUUACUGAGCUCCGGCCUCAUCUGUCAGGAUGCCCAGCACGAAUUCACGGCACUGUCCCAAGCACUGUGCUCUGUAACAGCUGCACAUCCCUGGAAAGGCUCCGCAAUCACAAAAUUUCCCCUGCAUUUCCACCAGGAGCUACCCAGUCCGCAGGGAGAGACACCACCUUCGGCUGUAAUUAGUAACACUUUAGUUGUUUUUGUCUGAGAAAACCCUGGGGUGGAUGGAGGCACAGAGAGACUGAUGAGGGAGGUAAGAAGCUUCUAGUUAGACUUCAUCCACCUCGCAGAUGAAACAGUGAGGAAACAGGGGGAGCCCAGGAAACAGAAAGGACAGCCCUGCUUUGAAAUGCCCUGUCCUCCCGUGUUCUCCCCCAGGCCCCGACGUAGAUUUGCACCUGCCUUUGGAAGACAUUGCCUCGUAGCCGCCCCCACCCGUCUGCAGGAGCCGAGGACGCCGCAGCACCUGCCGUCCUGCUCUGCGCGGCCCGAUGAGCCGGGGCACCUCCCGACGACGAGCCAGCCAUGCUCCUCACGGACUCGGGCCCUUUUCUAACUCAGCUCCUCCUGACUGUUCUUGAGAAGCUGGCUAUUUAAAGGAACCCAGAGGUGAAUUCUUUUGUAAAGAAUCCUUUUGUAAUGCAAUUAAUUCUCCCUUAACGUAUCUGUUUUGUAAGUUUGGAUUUUUGUAUUGUGUGCUUAAGGGGUUUACCUUAAGCUUCUCUCCUGAGGCGUUCUAAGCGGUGGUAGCAGCCACACGGCCCUGCCUACCCACAAAGUGGAUGGCCAGGGGCUGGCCAGCAGCAGCAGGGGCUGAAAGCAGGCUUGCUGCCGUCCGCAUCGCUUGAAAUGCCUCCGUGUUCUGGAUGAAGACGAACCGCAUAGCUGCUUGUGGUGGAACGAAGCGGUCCCAAGUAGUGGUGGUUGUCGUUAUCGGUAGUAACUGAACAGUGUUUUGCAGUCUGUGAAAGUGUGUUGUGUUUUAUAAAAAGAGUUCAUGAGAUGGUGGGUCCUUUGAAAACCCUCCUUUCUGUUCUGCUCCACCUGUCCUUUCAACUCCCCUCGGGCUCAAAAACCACAAAGAUCAAGGUCUUCAGGUGGAGGAUGGUAUUUUAGGGAGGAAGAAAGAGGUAAGGGAUUGCUCCCUUGCCUCCUCGUCCGGGCUCCUAUUUCAUGAGAUGAGGAAGUCCAUUCUUUUCCAAGCUCUGGUGCUGGGCAGCCGGACAACCUGACUGUGUCGCACAUCCCACCCCGUUUUCCAAGGGGAAGUUCCUGGCACAGGAAGCACACAAUACAAUAUGGCGGGUGAGCAGGAACAGAUAGGCUAUGUGCUUCAUGUAAAUAAUACUGAGGGCCCCAGAGUGCGGAGGCCUCAAGGUAGAGGAGCAGCAAGGGGAUCCCUCCAACUAUUAAAGACGAGUUGGAAAAAUGGGACAGCCAAGUGAGGCAGCCACAGGGACACAAUCAGUUGAGGUCUUUAACGUGCCUGGAGGUGACUCCAUCAUUCGUGGUUCUUACUGUUGCACAAACCCUCUGCAGGAGCUGCUUCCGUGCCGACCAGGGAAGUGGUCAGUGAAGCAACUGCCAAGUAAAACCCGGCUACAUCGGGGCAGUGGGCUUCUCGGUGUUGGGUCUAAUAGGGCCUUGGAGCUAAUAAGCACUUCCUUGGUAUGGAUAAAGAAUGAAGGCGAAAGAAAGAAACUACUUUAGAGCCUCUCUCCUCCCAACUCAUUUUUGAUAAGCAAACCAGAAAAUCCAACCAGUCAUGGAAAGAACUUGUGUUUUAGUCAUCAAAACCACUCCACUAGCUGCACUGUUGAGUUAUUCCUUUCUUCACCUACCUACGCCACCCAUCUAAUCCAGGAGUCCCUCACUCUUUUUCGUUUUGUUCCCAAUCGUUUUAUGAAAAUAAUGUACUUAGAGGUAUUUUCUUAAGGUUUGUAAAGAGUGUUUGCAUUGUGUCUUCAUUUUAACGUGUGUGCAAUCGCUCCAGUCCAGGAAGAACUGAAAUGCUGUCUUGUGAGCAUGAAGUGAAUAGGCUGUUUUGCUCCAGCCACUUUUCUUGUACAACCACGUGGAUGGACUAGAUGUUCUCAGGUCUUUUCCAUCUUCAGUUUCUAUGACUGUGGAAUAAAUGUUCAGAUAGAAA